AUCCAAAACCUGUUUGAAAAAAAUAAAUAAAUAUAAAAACCAAAUCCAAAACCCUUUCUUUAUUAACACCCUAAAACAUUGAUUCAAUUUAGUAAAGAUUGAAAAACAAGACAAGAUGAGUGUGAUUCCAAAGGAAUCAAUUGAAGUAAUUGCACAAACCCUUGGCAUCAACAAUUUAUCUUCCGAUGUUGCCCUUGCUCUUUCACCCGAUCUUGAAUAUCGCAUUCGUGAAAUUAUGCAGGAAUCAAUUAAAUGUAUGCGCCAUUCUAUGAGAACUUUUCUUACUACUGAUGAUUUUGAUACUGCACUUGCAUUGAGGAAUUUAGAGCCGAUAUAUGGUUUCGCCUCUAACGAUCCUCCUCGGUUCAAAAAAGCUGCUGGACACAAUGAUUUGUUCUACAUUGAUGAUAAGGAUGUGGAUAUUAAAGAUUUGGUUGAAGCAGAUUUACCGAAAGCACCCCUUGAUACAUCAAUUACCAGUCACUGGUUGGCUAUUGAAGGUGUGCAACCUGCAAUUCCCGAAAAUGCUCCACCUGAAGCUUCCACUGAGAUAAAAAAUUCUGAAUAUAAAGAAGAUAGGCUUCCUGUGGAUAUCAAAUUACCUGUUAAACAUGUAAUAACGACGGAGCUUCAGCUUUACUACGAAAAAAUAAUUGAGCUGAUUUUGAAUAAAUCUGGCUCCAUUCUUUUUAGAAGAGCGUUGGUUACCUUGGCAACUGACUCAGGACUCCAUCCUUUAGUUCCUUAUUUCACACGCUUUGUUGCUGAUGAGGUGGCACGGAAUUUAAAUAAUUUAAACAUCUUAUUUGCCUUGAUGCGCCUUGUGCGGAGCCUUUUGCAAAAUCCUCACAUACACAUAGAACUUUAUUUACACCAAUUGAUGCCGCCUAUCAUUACUUGCAUUGUUGCAAAAAGGAUUGGAAACAGACUGUCUGAUAAUCACUGGGAGCUUAGGGAUUUCAGUGCUAAUCUUGUUGCUUUGAUAUGCAAAAGAUUUGGGCAUAUGUAUCACAAUCUUCAGCCACGUGUGACAAAGACGUUUCUUCACACUUUCUUGGACCCUACAAAAGCUCUGCCUCAACAUUAUGGUGCAAUCAAAGGAAUAGCAGCUCUUGGAUCAAGACUGGUUCGUUUGCUUAUACUUCCAAAUCUGGAGCCAUAUUUGCAUCUCCUUGAGCCCGAAAAGCAGCUUGAGAAGCAAAAAAAUGAAAUAAAAAGGCAAGAAGCAUGGCAAGUAUACGGAGCCUUGCUGUGUGCAGUAGGCCAAAAUAUGCAUGAAAAGGUCAAGAGAUUUAGUAGUUUGCUUUCUCCUCAAAGUCGUGCUACUUCAAGUGGCAAUGGAAAAGCCAUGAUUGCAAUGCCAGGUGUUAGUGGGGUUGUGGCACCAAUGAAUUCCAUGUCAGUUGACAACAUGCAAGGGUCAACAAGUGGAUUUCCCACCAUGAUGGGAGUUUCUAAUUCAAGUGUCGGCAUGUCAUCAUCAAUGGGUCGUCAAUUAUCCAACGAAAACAACACUUCCUCUUCCAUUCUAGCUCAGGCUUGGAAGGAUGACAUAGAUGCAGGACAAUUGCUACCUCCAGUGUUUGAAUUAUUUGGCGAAAGUUUGUUAUCAUUUAUACCAAAACCUCAAGCAUUUAUAUUUUUGUAAAACAUAGCUGUAGUAUUUUUAUUUCUGCAUAUGAAAGUGCAUGUAACUCGGUCAUUGUUUAUGUUAGAAGUUAGUAUAGAAAUUUAACCUGUCUUUUAUUCUCUUCUAACAUUCAUAACGUUGAACUUUUUGUCUCA